CGACGUGCUUUUGAUGAGAUGACGACCAUGAUUACCACAACAUGACGGGCGAAUAUUAACCUGCAUUCAGCCACCAUGCAAGUGUGUAUAUCUACCUCGAUCCUUCUGCUGUUGACCAGAAGAGAAGACGUACCGACCAAUGUCGAAGAGUGUGCUUAGCUGCCAGAAUUAUUAUCGUGCCCUCUCAAAACUGCCCGAAACUCAGCUACGCUUCUUCAACAGCCCCCAUUCAAAUUUCUUUCUCGCUCAGAUCCCGGAUCUGCAAAAGUUCAUUCGCCCCAAGAUGAUCAACAAGGACAUCCUAAUCGUCGGCUGCGGUGUGGCUGGGCCUGUUCUUGCGACAUGGCUGCUCAAGUCUUCUCCCGAAUACAACAUUACGAUUGUUGAGCGCGGCAAGUCAACAGAAUCAUAUGGCCAAAACAUCGACAUUCGUGGCGCAGGUGCCACCAUCAUUCGCAAGAUGGGCCUCGACACAGCCGUACGAGCUCAUAUUACCGGCGAAGAAGGGGCAAGAUUCGUUGACGAGAACGAUCGUGUUGCCGCAGAGUUCCCAGCAGACAAGACCGGCAAGGUACAAACCGGUACGAGCGACCUUGAGAUCCUUCGUGGACGGCUUGCAUCUCUCUGUUUUGGACGCUGUAAGUCUUACAGCGCCGAACUCCAGCAGACCAACCAGAGCAGCGGCGUAAACUUCAUUUUCAACGAGACCCUCUCCAACAUCACGCAAGACGAAUCAAAAGUACAUGUAAAAUUCUCAAACAGCGGCGAGGAACGCUCAUACGAUCUCCUGGUGGGCGCUGACGGGAUCUUGAGCACUACUCGCAAGAUGGUGUUUGGCGCCGAGAACGACGUGGAGCGCGUUCACCAAACAGGAAUGUAUGGCGCAUUCUUUAGUAUGCCACACGGCGGAAAUGAUAGCUUGUGGCGACGAUGGUUCCAUGCCCCUGGCCGACGAGGUAUCAUGAUCCGACCUGGCGAGACCCCCGAACGAUCGACUGUGUUCAUGUACGUGGUCAGCGAUGACGACAAGCGCUACCCAGAAGCCGCACGCCUCGGUCACAAGGGCGUCGAAAAGCAGAAGGCCCUCCUCGAAGACCUUUUCAAGGAUGCCGGGUGGGAAUGUGACCGCGUCAUCAGCGAGAUGCAUGACGCAAAGGAUUUCUACUACAACAUGGUCGCACAAAUCAAGAUGCCGCACUGGACCAACGGCCGCGUAGCUCUUCUUGGUGAUGCAGGCUACUGUCCUUCGCCCAUUUCCGGCAUGGGAACCACACUGGCCAUCACGGGCGCCUACAAUCUCGCGGGUGCACUCCGCGCCAAUCCAGCCUCACACAGCGAUGCUUUCGCCGCGUACGAGACGACCAUCCGACCCAACGUCGAGAAAGCACAGAAACUUCUCCCAGGUUUCCCACACAUUUUCAACCCAGAGACCGAGACCGGUAUUCACGUCAUGGAGAGCAUCCUUGGCUUCAUGGACGGUGCGCAAAAACUCGGCCAGAAACUUGGCCGCGGGUUGUUCUACUUUGGUGGACCGCCUGCGAACGAAGUCCCUGUUGAAGAUUAUGGCCUCGGCGAUCUUGAGGAGUGGAAUGAGGCGAGCUCGUCCGGCGGCAGGGAGGUGAAAGCGGAAUUGAACGUCGUGAGCGAGACGGCUGCUUCUCACUCUACCGCUGCCCCGCCCGCAGUACAACCGGUCCAGGCUGCUGCUUGAUUGAAACUUACAGCAAUCAUUGUUCUGAUAUCUCACGACCUAGAUUAUUUCUUGCGAGCGAGCGAUAUUUUUUAUGCGGUUUUAGAAUAGAUCUAAUUCAUUUAAUGUGUU